AUUUAAAUAAAUCGUUGGUAUUAAACAACUUAGACGCUUUAACAUUAUGUUUUAGAAUCUUUAUGAUUAAAAAUAUGAUUAUUAGCAUUAAAACGACCUCGUGUGGUGCUUAUAAAGCGUAUUAUUUGUUGCGCGUAAACGAUUCUUACUCGCAUUUGUGAAGAAACAGAUAAGCAAUAAGUUGUAUUUCCUUUCUUUUAUUCCUCCCUCUCUCUCACUUUGGCUGCACGAUCAAGUCCCGUUCCUCUGGUCAAGUUCAGCAUGGAUGUUCCCCUGGCCCUCGCGGACGCUUCUUAUUGGUAGGCUGCAACAGUUACAUCACGGCGCGCGUGACGCGCACGUCUUCCUGUUUCCUUCAGCCGCGUCUUAAAGUGAAUCUUAGUGGCGGAGGAGCGCUCCAGCAGCAUCCAGUCCUCCGCUCUGCAUCCAGCGCGCCUGAGAGACGCACACACGCAUAGCUCCUUUCACGCUCUCCUCUCUCCCUCCCUCUCUCUCUCUCUCUAUCACUCUCUCUCUCUCCCUUCUGUAUUCUUUCAAGGUCUCUCACUCUUUCGACCACAGCUGAGGAUAGAAGGAGAGACGGACGCGCAAGAGCCGGUUUUCCCGUUUUUCUUUUUAUAUUUUUUGUCUCUUUUAGUUUUGCGCCGCUCACUUUAUCCCUGCUCUUCCUUCGCUCAUAUAUUGUUCCAUCCCCUCCACACAACAGUCCGCGGCGCUUUCCUCUCUCUUUCACCGCCUCAGGAGUUCAGGUUGCGCCCCCCUCUCUCCAAAAUCUUCAUCUGGACGGAUAAUCAGAGGCUUUGACCCUAGAGGACUGGGUUUGUGGGAUAUGGCCCAAUAGCAGCGGCCCGUGAUGCCGGACCAUGACAGCGACUCCCUCCUGAACAGACAGACCAAGCGAAGACGUGUGGACAUUGGUGUCAAGAGGACAGUGGGUAGCACAGCCUCCUCCACAGCAGCAGCAACUACCGAUAACAUCGCUCGCGCCAAAGCAGCAAUUUUCAGUGCCAUGAACUCUCUGAGCUCCCAUUCUCACCACGGAUCAGACAACGACUCCAUGGAGUGCUCUGUAGUGCAGCCACAUGGUGGGCCUGGCGUCUUGUCAGCCGGCGACAGCGACUCCAAAUCAAAUGUGCUCCGAAAGCUCCUGAAGAGGGCCAACUCAUAUGAGGAUGCCAUGAUGCCCUUCCCUGGCACCACCAUUAUCUCUCAGCUUCUCAAGAAUAACAUUGCAAAGAAUGGAGGAGGCCCUGAGAGAGGAGAGAGGGGAGAUAGAGGAGAUAGGGGGGAUAGAGUUGAAUCAGGCUUCCCCGGAUCAGGGGUCUCUAAUGCUAGCUCUGAUGCCCCGCAGGAAGACGCAUGCAGUAACUCCUCCCAGGACAGCACCCCUCAAGAGUGCUUGUCACCGUUCGGUCGUCCUCCCGGCCUGGCCACCUUUGACAUUGAGCGUCUCAAUGACGAACACUUGCGUGCCAAGAGGGCCCGUGUAGAGAACAUCAUACGCGGUAUGAGCCACUCGCCGAGUGUGGUAGUGCCUGCCGCUUCCCGUCACGAGCGUGACCACGAGAUGGACGGAGAGCGGGAUCUAGAGCUGGACUGUCCACCUCCUCAGUCCCAGCAGCAAGCCCCCAGCAGCCCACGGGGCGGCGAAGUGUGCGGCAGCAGCCGAGAGAACAAGCGCAAACAGCGGCUGCCUCAGCAGCAGCAGCAAAGCUUCACCCAGCUGGUGUGUCAGAGAAAGGAGCAGAAGCAGGAGGAGCGGCGGCAGCUCAAGCUGCAGCUGGAGGACAUGCAGAAGCAGCUGCGGCAGCUCCAGGAGAAGUUCUUUCAGAUCUAUGACUCCACCGAUGACUCGGAGCACACCGACCUUCACAACGACAUAGGAAACAUGUCAGAGGACAGCCCAGGCAGGUCGGACACCGGUGGAGAUGACCGGGGUGGAGAUGACUUGCGCUCCGACAAUGAGAUGGCUGAUUUGGAUCCAGGCCAUUUCCUCGACAGGGCACGGGCUCUGCUUCAGGAGCAGGCCCUGCUGGCCGACAGCGAGAAGCCGAGAAGAGAUGGGCUCGGCCGAAACAAAGCACAGGGAGGUCAAGGCUCCUCCAUGCACGCUGAAGGCAAACAGCUGGCGGAAACACUGAAGCAAGAGCUCAACUCAGCCAUGACGCAGGUGGUCGACACAGUGGUGAAGGUGUUUGCUAAGCCGCCUCGCCCGACUCCUCAGCAGGCCUUCCCUCCGCUUUCUCUACCUCCUGAGAGAUUUCCUGCUGCUGUCAACGGAGACAACCCAAACUACCACACCGCCAACCAGAGGCUGCAAUGCUUCGGUGAUGUCAUCAUUCCUAAUCCACUGGACUCCUUUGCUAGCAUGCCCGGUAUGCCAGGCACCACCAACGACCAAACCGAGGCACUGCCCUUAGUAGUGCGGAAGACACCCAGCGAGCACCACCAUCAGUCUUCAGCUGUGGGUGCCCACGGUGGUAACCACCAUCCUGCUCUCCAUCCGUCAUCUCUCUCUGCCUCCAUGGGCUUCAGCCCCCCCUCCUUUCGGCACCCCUUUCCACUGCCGCUCAUGGGCUAUCCUUUCCAGACCCCCAUCGGCCCACCCACAGCUUACCCAGGCAAGGACCAUACUUCACCAGACUCCAUGGACCUGCCCAGGGAGACCACCAGUUUGAGGACAAAGAUGGCGUCGGGUCACCACCUGGGGCACCACCAUCGCUCUUGUUCACCAGCACACCCUGGCAGCACAGCCGAGAGCCUGUCCUUGUCCCUGAUCAAGUCCGAGUGCAGCGAUCUCCAGGACAUGGCUGACAUCUCACCUUACUCAGGCAGCAAUAUCCAGGAGGGCCUCUCCCCUAAUCACCUGAAGAAGGCCAAGCUCAUGUUUUUCUACACCCGCUACCCAAGCUCCAACAUGCUGAAGAUGUUUUUCUCUGACGUCAAGUUCAACCGCUGCAUCACCUCCCAGCUCAUCAAGUGGUUCAGCAACUUCCGGGAGUUCUACUACAUCCAGAUGGAGAAGUUUGCCCGGCAGGCCAUCAACGACGGCGUGACCGGUGCCGAGGAGCUGAGCGUCAGCCGGGACUGCGAGCUCUUCCGAGCCCUCAACAUGCACUACAACAAGGCCAACGACUUUGAGGUCCCCGAUCGCUUCCUGGAGGUGGCUGAAAUUACACUGCGGGAGUUCUUCAACGCCAUCGUGGCCGGCAAAGACGUGGACCCAUCCUGGAAGAAGGCCAUCUACAAGGUCAUCUGCAAACUGGACAGCGAGGUCCCUGAGAUCUUCAAGUCCCCAAAUUGUCUUCAGGAGCUUCUACACGAGUAAAAUUCCUCCUACACCUCCGCCUCCGCUCAUCUCUUUGCGCUUCUUUUUUUUUUUUUCUGUCGUCUCUGAUUUAUUUGAAUUUGAAAACAAUUUCCCCUUAGUUUUUUUAUUUGCAACUAAUCAUUUGAUUUUCUGUUCUUUAAUUAUUAUUUUUGAAUGUGUAAAGGUUCUGGAGUAGCAUUCCCGAUCUAAAGCCUCUGCGGCACUUCCUAAAAGAUCUAGCUAUUGUGUUGUUGUUCAUACAUUAUUAUGAUUAUUAUGUUUUGUUUUUCUAACAUUCUGAAGUGAACAGACAUUUAUUAUUGGUUGUUUUUUUUGGACUUUGUGAGCCCUUACCUAUUUGGCUUGUUUUAUGAACAAUACUACCUGAGUGUGCGGAGAGACUUUCCAUUUGCACCACUAUAAAUACAGGCAGGGUUUACUCAGAAACUGUACCCCUCCAGUUCUAGGGGCAUCCUGAUAAACUUUCCCCUGCUUCACGCAAAGCGGGCGCCCAAUAGACUCUGCUUUAUAAGAUGUCCCUAAGAAGACACACACAUGCACACAAAAUCGAGGCCUAGAGAGGUUAUUGACUGGACUAAAACUGGACUUGUGUUACUGGUCAACACUGGUCUGCAGAACUUGGGCUGGUCUUAAGAGGCUUACAACUUUUUGAAGUGUAUUUUCCCUUAAAGGCAGGGCAUUGUGUUUAUUGGGUGUAUAAUAUUAUUUUGAUUAAUAUUCUUAUUGUUGUUUAUGAUUAUUUGUCAUUUCUGCUUGCUGAAGAUUGGCACUUCAAGAUUUGUUUGUCCCUUGAUGCCGUUGCAGAAGGAAAAAUAAAUUAUUACUAUUAAUAUUAUUCCAAGCGCUUUUAGAUUCCUAAAUAUUUUUUUUCCCCCAUCCUUUUCUUUGCUCAAGUUUCUUAAUGAGGGCCACCGUGUCAGGUUUUCUAUUUGCUUUUGGUAUAAAACUUCACCAAUUAGUAAAACUUUGACACAGGGUAUAAAACCGUUUGCAGUCACACUCAGUUCACAGAGAAAUAUAGAAGAGUACUGAAAUACAAAGUAAAGAAAUUACUUCUGUUCAUAAUCAUUGUUAAAGCAGCAACGUUUCUGAAGGUGCUCCACCUCAAAGUGCACAACUGCUCAUAUAUCUUCAAACUAUUUCCUCUAAUUGUCUGUCAACUCAUAUAUUCCAACUCUUUUCACUAACCAUCUUUAAUGGAUGAAGGCAGCGUGUUUACUACUUGGGCUAUUAUUCUGAUAAGCCUAUAUGAAGUAAAAUACUUUUAUGCUAAAGUUACUUUAUUUGCAGAUGAUACUUGAAUAUUUCAGGAUAAUGUAGAGAUUUGAAACUAAGGUUGAAACAAUCACACACACAAACACACACACACUAAACAAGCAUAACCCUAUGACCAACUGUCUAAACGUGUAUACAGUGAAGCCCAAAAUGGUUCACACUCCUGCCAAAUUUAUGUUUGAAACUGUCUUUUAAUUUAAUCAACAUGUUUCCUCCGACAUGGAGUAAUAUUAACCAUGUAGAUUGAGUCCCAGCUUGAACUUGAUAGAUAAUCUGAAAAAGGAGCCAAAAUUAGGGCGAUGAUAAAGAAGCCUUCCUCUUUCUAAGACGUUAAUCACUACCAAAUAUCAAAAUACUAGUAAUGAUGUCUCUGCUUAUUUAUUAACUAUGUUGUUUUUAAAAUUGGUACUCCUUUUAGCUUUUUCUAUUAUCUUUUGAGAGAUAAUUGUCUCCUUACUUAGUAUAAACAAACCUCUUGGUUGAAUGACAAUACAAUUAAACCUAAAAACUGCCAUGGGUGUGUAUGAUUUUGGGCUUAACUUUAUAUAUUCCCACACAACCAAGUUCCAACAGGCUUAAACAGAGUCAUUCAUUAUUUCUGACACACAUGGGGCGGUGGCAUCUUUCUUCCAUGUUCACCUGCCUGCGAGUGAUCCAGCUCUCUCCUACAAAGCAACAGUCUGAGGUCGGAGGUGAGCACUCACCCCGAGGGUAGAUGGAGAAGUUCUCAGCUCAACAAAGAUCAGGGACAAAGGAGCAGAGCGUCGAAUGGCACACACCUGGAGCUCUCCGCUCUGCCCCACCGUCUCCAAGCGGCUACGUUUUUUUAGACCCAAAGUGUAAUUUUAUUGAAAGCCACAGUGCCCAGAUUGCUUAAACGGUGUUCCUCAGAAUUUCACUUGUGAUUAUGAACCCAGAUUGUUUUCCUCUUUAAUUGCACAUAUUUCUUUUUUGUUUUGCAAUUUUUAUGUGUGUGUGUCUGUGGGCUUUCAUCCACCCUCUCUCAGGCUGAAUAAAAUCGAAGGAAAAUUUUGACUUGAAUAUUUUGAGAAGUGCGUGCGAGCUGGCUUCCUGAACUCACCUUGGAGUCAUUAUCUUAUAGGAUAUCUUUGUGUUUCACAAAAGAUCAAAAGGACCAGGUUGCUUGACCUGCUGACUCGUCUAAGCGAGACAAAGCACCUGACAAAAGGCAGCAGCAAAAGACUUAGAGCUACUCCCUUCAUUAUGUCCCCCCCCCCCCCCUCCUUCUCCUCCCUGGACAGUGUUUCUUCUUAAGAUUGGGAGCCCUGAGAAAGCGACCCGGACACUUUUCGCACUGAAGGAUGCCUGAGUUUCAAAGCACCAGCCAAGGGCUCUAAAGCGCCACAAACAAAAGGGAGAAAGGAAAGAACACUUUUAUCUGAUGCACAGAUUAUUAUCGCUCUCCACCCCGCCCCUUUCUGUAACUCCACCCUGAUGUAAUAUACUUUCUGCGCCUAAAAAAGUGUGGAGAGAAAAAAAUAUUUUGUCAAGUUUUCCUAUUCAAUUGUCAUUUGAUACUCAUGAUAAAAUAUUCAAACACAAUUAUUGCAGUUUCUGGUAAUUUAUGGAAAUAUAUUAAGUUUUUGAAGGCUCUUUCGGAGAAAAAAAGUUUCAUAAAGCAGCCGCUGAGGGCAAUUUAGGCGACGAUUCUCAAAUUUGAAAUUUUUAGAUUAGGAGGAAUAGCUGUAGGUUCUUACAGAUGUUUUUUGGGCCAGAUUUCCUUUCACGUUUCUUUACCUUUGUUGUGUUGUGUUAAAUUGCUAUCUUAUUGAUGAAAACAGACAUUUUAAAAUGCUUUUCAAGAGUAUGAACUAUUGUUGUGGCAGAUGUAAAUAUGUCAGGAUGAAACAAAAAAUAGCUGUACAGAUUUUUUUUCUCUCCCCCCCCAUGAGCACUGAGAGCGCUUGAGAGGAGUGAGUGAUUAAAGGAAUGAGGUGUGUGUGUGUGUGUGGAGGGGAGGGGAGGUAAAUCUCCCCACAAAAAAACAGCCGGCCCCCUUGAGUCCCCCACCCACGCACUCCCCUGCCAGGUCUUUAACGGUAGUCCAUCUCCCAUCUCCUGUCGGCAGUACCCCUUGAAGUUGCACCAGCGUCGGUUUUUCUUUCACUGAGCGGUGGGGCUGUGAUGGACACAGGUGGUCACCAACUUAGGCUGAAUCCAGGAAGUAGACAGGACCCUGCUGUCAGACGUGCCGUGGAAAGGGAAUGUGUACAUAUAUAUACGCUUUGAUAAAAGAGAGUGGAGACAGAAGUAGAAAUCAUUUAUGCUCUUUUUUUUAUUAUUAUUAUUAUUUGGUAAAAGUUUUUUUUUUUUUUUUUUUUUUUUCUGUGUGCUUAUCCGUGCGUCUUGCUUGCGUACGUGUGCUGUAUACAAGUGUUUGCGUCUGUGUGUGAGAGAAAAGACCGACUAUGAGAACCUGUGAACCACCGAGUGACACAAUUCUCAACACUGUGUUCCCUCCCCCACCCUGGGAGGACCAUCCUGACAUGUAAAUGAUUCUCAUUAAGCAUUGGGAACAUGUGUUUGUGCGUGUGUGUGUGCCUGUGUGUGUGUGUGUGUGUGUGUGUGUCUUGUGAUAAUUUCCUCUGAUCUGUUUUCUGACCUGUUUGAAAGGAUUUUGUUUUGAUGCUUUCAGUGGUAAAUCCUUUUAAAAAAAAUAUUAUUACUAUUAUUAUUAUUAUUAUUACUACUACACUGCUCCUCUUUUAUUGUAAAUAUUAAUGAUGUGGACUUACAGUGAUAAAUACUGCCUUUGUAUAACUUAGCAAUAUGUUUAUGUAAAUAGUGUUUUGUUCAUGCUUUUUCUAUGACAUUAUUAGCGCAGCAAACGCAACUGGGACAGCCAUGUUUUUAUACAGUCUAAAUAACUACACAGCUUGUAAAAUAAAACUCAUAACAUGGCUGCUGUGUUUCUCUCUCUGUUACUGGUGUCUAUUUGUCUUUGCGGAUUUUGUGUAAUUUAUUGGUUUAAUUUAUCCUAAUUUAUUUCAUGUUAAUUUUUACUGUUGUUUUCCCAACAAGCGGGAAGCUGUUCUGCAUUCAAACGGGCAGAAACAGUUUGAAAGAUUUCAGCCUUUUUCUAUCUAAAAGUCAAUUUAAAAAAAAAAAAAAAAUGUAAUAAUUGACAGAGAUGCUGAACGAAGAUCAGGCAGCUAAAUGGAACUGGACGGAUAAAGGGUUUGACUGGGCAGAGGGUCGAGUUAGAAAGCUUGAAACUAGUUUUAAGAAUUUCUUCUGCUUUUUUCUCUUGAGAUGUUUUGUUUUAUUUUAUUUUUUUCCUGUGUUGCUUUGGCCCGCCCCGACAAAAAGAACCAGUAGUCAAAUUGCCUUUUGUGCCUUCACCCUCUAUGAACUGAAUGUACGUGCAGUAUAUAUGCAAGCUUGUGCUAAAUGAAGAAAAACAAUUAAUAAAAAUAAAAAAUUGAGAGUGGAAAAUGUCAA